AUGUAUUUCAGCACCAUCGCCACCGUCCUCGCUGCGACCGCCGGUUUCGCCAGCGCCGCAGCUAUCGAAGCACGCGGCAACACCGCACCCUCGACUCUGCCCGCCCAAGGCAACUUCGUCUGGAAACUCACCAACUUCAAGGGUCACAGGCCCAAGGGCACAUACUUUGACAGCAUCAGCUUCGACGUCUACUCUACCACCGAGAAUAAGCUGCUAUUCUCUUGCUCUCAUUCCGGCUCCGGCCCAAUGGAUGAACGCAGCUACUUUUGCAAUAUUGGCGUCAACGAUAUGACGUUCAAUUACAACCGCGAUCAUGGCGCGGGUCGUGACUUUGGUGGUAUUGCUCUCACGGGCAACCUCCUUAGCGACAAGGGUACAACUCUUCUUGGUACUACUUAUAUUCCUGAGGUCUGCAAGCUCAAUGGCCACGGGGACGACUACACGUGCACCGGUACUGCUGACGCAUACAUCAACAUGGUCAAGUUCAUGUAG